AUGCUGCUCUGGACAGUUGCACUGCUCUUCGUUCCCUGUGUUGGGAAAACUGCCUGGCUGAGCCUCCAAGUGCAGCCAGACCCCGUGUUUGAAGGGGAUAUCCUGACUUUGCGAUGCUGGGGAUGGAGGGAUGGAAAAUUCCUCCAUCUCUCUAAGGGCAACCAGCCUCUGUCCAUGGGAACAGCAACAGUGAACAGCAGCGGCCGGUACAGCUGCACUGGACAGGUGACAUACAUGCAAUAUGUGGGCAGACGAACCUCAAGGACUGUCAUGGUUCAAGUCCAAGAGCUGUUCCUGCCUCCUGUGCUGACAGCCCACCCCUCUCGUGAGCUCCAUGGGGGGAGCCGGAGCCCACUCCUCGGUGAGGGGAGCCCGCGGUCAGCCUGGCAGCUCCUCUUCUCCUUCCACAAGGAGGGCCACACCCUGCAGGACAGGGGCCUCCAUCCAGAACUCUGCAUCCCAGCAGCCGAGGAGGGAGACUCCGGGCUUUACUGGUGCUACGCGGCCCUUGAGGGUGGCUGGGUCCAGAAACAGAGUCCCCAGCUGGAGGUCAGGGUGGGUCCCCAAGGGAGGAGCCUGGGGGGUCCCGCUGACCCUUCCAACUGUAUGCUGCCCCUGUUCCUUUGUGGAGCUCCUCCCCUCCGAUCCUCAUUCUACCUCAAUGGGGACACCCUGCGCAACCACAUGGCUCCCCAUGGUGGAGCCAUCUCCUUCCUCUUCCCGGUGACGUCAGAGCAGAAUGCUAGGAACUACGCCUGCAAGGCUGAGAACAGUGUCUCCAAAGAGACAAGCAAGCCUGAGACACUCUCCGUGGAUGGUCCUCGGGUCUUAUCUGCCCCCACUAGCAUCAACUGGCUGGUUCCUUGGCUGCCUGCAAGCCUGCUUGGCAUGACGGUCAUUGCUGCUGCACUUCUAGGGUAUUUCAGACCCUGGAGAAAAACUGAUCAGCACAGCCCAGCCAUUGGAAAGCCAGAGCCUGACAGGACCAACUGCUUACUUCUGGGGCCCCUUCCACCCCGGAAUUUGCCCCCAGCCGUAGGUGGAGAGGAACACCCACUGUAUGUCAAUGCCAGGCCUGCCCAGUCAGCCCAGCAGGAAAAGGACAUUUCUGUCAUCUACGCUGAGGUGAGACGCCCUCAGCUCAGUGAGGUUCCAGCCAAGGGGCUGAAUAGAAGAAGCAGGACCCAGCAAGAUACCAUUGGUGAAUGCGAGGGGGUCCUCUGCUAG